UCAAAAUGACGCAGCCAAAGAAGUGGUACAUCGAAGAGGAGGAACGCACAGGGAAACUGUUCGUAUGGCUACAGCACGCAGAAGAUAACGGUAAACGUGUUUACAAGCGAAUUGCCAACAGAGGGAGGAAAGGAGGAAUAGAAGUCAGUGCCAUCUCUCAAGUUACUGAUCUCGGAGGACAGUUAGUGAGGUUUACUUUCCAGUCUUCGAAUCAUUCGCCAAGAACACUUGAUGUGGCAAAUUUCGUGAAAAACAAGAAUGGCCUUUGCCAGCGACUUUCGGCAGACAACUCGAAGGCAGGCUUCCUUGACAUCUUGAAACGUGAAUUGAACAACCGUGAUGAAAUAAUAGUUCAUCAAGAACUGGCUGACUUCGACCAGAAUGCUGUUGAUGAUGAAAAUGAUGAAGAGAACAAUGAGCUCAUCACAAUACAUAGCGAGGAGGCUAACGAGGCAUGCCAUAGCAGCACCACAUGCAACACGGAAGGGAGCCGCAUCUUUGAUUAUUGCGAGGACGGAAGCGUUUCUGUUCUUACAUCCCCACAACGGUAAGAUUUACUUGACAGGCUUCACAAUUAUUUCAGCAUUGUGGGUCUUGUAAUUUACAUAUAUCAGUGGUGGAUAUAGAGGGGGGUUGGGGCGGGGGUUGAAACCCCCGUUCAGCCACUGAUUAAUGUUAUGAUAUAUGCUAGUAAAAUGGAGCCAAAAAUAAAAAGUCACUCUGUUGGGGUGAUAGAAACUGCAUGGGGACUUAACACAUAUAACACAUUGUGCGAAUUUACGUGACUAGGGUUGUCUGAACGCGGGGUAUUACUGUAUUACAAUGUACUUGUUGGGAAUCCAGGUGAGUAAGGGAGAUUCACUGUUUUUCUUCUUUGCUUGGCUAAGCAAAACUGGUGUAUUGACCAAGGUCAUCGCAUUAUCUUGCAAAGCUUCCGUUCUCGGCGUUUAACAUAGAUUGCCGCAAGAUGUAAAACAGAUCAACUGCAAUAACUACUGCAGUACUAAGUACUAAAGUAUAUUGGCAAUAUAGAUCUGGAAGGGUAUGAUGAACGCAUCAUGUCAACGUAGUUUCAAGUAUAGCUAUAUCUGAUGUGGAAAGUAUGUGUGCGUAGUGUCAAUAUGGAGUGUUUUUACAAUAGAUAAAACGUGGCUGUUGU